AGAGAGAGAGAACAAGAGAGGAGAGUCACGACUAAGUGUUGGAUUUUGACAUUGACCUCACUGCUGCAGUGUGUUUGAUGGUUGUUUGAUGGUAGUUGAUGGGUUAGUUGAUGAUUAUUUUUGGUUGUUUAUGGUGUAUGCUUGAAUGUUGCAUUUGUGACAGUGGAAGUUGGUUACUUUAUACAGUCGGUGUUGUGAUUGAUGUGUGUAUGAUGGUGAUUUGGUGUGUGUGUGUUGAUACGUGAGUUGUGUGUUGUAUGUGAGGCGUGUGUUUGAUGGUGCUGGGUAACUGGGCUGUUGGGGCUAUGUAUCGGCGGUCGCCCUGUCACAGGAGCAGGGCCCACUUUGACUUUAGCGAGGACGUCGUCAAGGGACUCCAUGCCUCCAGCCACACUCACAGCUUUGAUGUGGAGAAUGGCCCUUCAGCCAGCUGUAGUCCGUUGGACCCCUCGGCCUCUCCCGGGUCAGGCCUGGUUCUACACACCAAUUUCCCCGGACACAACCAACGCAGAGAGUCCUUCCUGUACCGCUCAGACAGCGACUACGACCUCUCACCCAAGUCCAUGUCCCGCAACUCAUCCAUUGCAUCUGAACUACAUGGUGAUGACUUGAUAGUAACGCCUUUUGCUCAGGUCCUCGCAAGCCUUCGAAGUGUAAGAAACAACUUCACAGUCCUGACCAAUGUCCAAUGUGCUUCCAACAAGAGGUCGCCUGUGGCCACUCAGCCUCCCAUCACCAGAGUCUGUUUGCCAGAUGAGUCGUACCAGAAGCUGGCCAUGGAGACCAUGGAGGAGCUGGACUGGUGCCUGGACCAGCUGGAGACCAUCCAGACCUACCGCUCUGUCAGUGACAUGGCCUCCAAUAAGUUCAAGAGAAUGUUGAAUCGGGAGCUGACACACCUAUCAGAGAUGAGUCGCUCCGGCAACCAGGUGUCCGAGUUCAUCUCCAACACCUUUCUAGACAAACAGAACGACAUGGACAUGCCGUCGGUGACGCCCAAGGAGAAGGCCGGCCGGGAGAAGAAGAAGAAGCAGCAGCUGAUGAUGACUCAGAUCAGUGGAGUGAAGAAGGUCUCUCACGGACCCUCCCUCUCCAGCUCCUCCAUCUCACGUUUCGGGGUCAAGACGGACAAGGAGGACAUGCUCUCCAAGGAGCUGGAGGAUCUGAAUAAGUGGGGGUUGAACAUCUUCACCGUGUCCGAGUACUCCGAACAUAGACCGCUCACCUGUAUCAUGUACGCCAUCUUCCAGGAGAGAGACCUGCUGAAGACGUUUAAGAUCCCGACGGAGACGUUUGUGGCGUACAUGAUGACCCUGGAGGACCACUACCAUGGAGACGUGGCCUACCACAACAGCCUCCACGCGGCAGAUGUGGCCCAGUCCACACACAUCCUGCUCUCCACCCCUGCCCUCGACGCGGUCUUCAGCGAUCUGGAGAUCUUGGCGGCCAUCUUUGCUGCAGCCAUCCACGAUGUCGACCACCCGGGGGUGUCCAACCAGUUCCUCAUCAAUACCAACUCUGAGCUGGCCCUGAUGUACAACGAUGAGUCCGUCUUAGAGAACCAUCACCUGGCUGUGGGCUUCAAGCUGCUCCAGGGGGACAACUGUGACAUCUUCCAGAACCUGACCAAGAAGCAGAGGCAGAGCCUGAGGAAGAUGGUCAUCGACAUGGUCCUGGCCACUGACAUGUCCAAGCACAUGAGUCUGUUAGCGGACCUGAAGACCAUGGUGGAGACCAAGAAGGUGACCAGCUCUGGGGUCCUGCUGCUGGACAACUACACCGACAGAAUACAGGUGCUGAGGAACAUGGUUCACUGUGCUGACCUGAGUAACCCGACCAAGUCCCUGGAGCUGUACCGUCAGUGGACCGACCGCAUCAUGGAGGAGUUCUUCCACCAGGGAGACAGGGAGAGGGAGAGAGGCAUGGAAAUCAGCCCCAUGUGUGACAAACACACCGCUUCAGUAGAGAAAAGCCAGGUGGGCUUCAUAGAUUACAUUGUCCACCCUCUGUGGGAGACUUGGGCUGACCUGGUUCACCCUGACGCCCAGGACAUCCUGGACACUCUGGAGGACAACAGGAACUGGUACCAGAGCAUGAUCCCCCAGAGCCCCUCUCCUCCUUGGGCCACAGAGCAGGGGGAUCAGGAGGGAGGCGAAGGGGGCCAGGGGGGAGACAAGUUCCAGUUUGAACUCACCCUGGAGGAGGAGGACUCUGAGGGUACAGAGAAAGAUGAACAGAGCCAGGGGGAUGAGGAGGAGGAGGAAGAGGAUAGUCUGGGAGAGGCGUCUCGGUCUCCGGUAGACUACUCGGACUGUCAGGACCCCGAGGAAUCCAUGGUGCCCACGUCGUCCAUAGAGAUCAUUACCCACGAUGCAUCACCCACAGACACAUAAUGGGCUCUGCUGCACCGCGAAGGUGGUUGGUUUCAUGUUUUAAACAGGAGAAAUCCUGCAGCUGUGCUUUUUAACAAGCCCACGAUGGGCUUAGUUUGAGCCCGGAUGGGGCGUCAGUUUAACCCCACCCUAUCCUUGCACUUGCGUUAGGAGCCGGCGACAGAGGGACAGUUUCAGUGGGGCGGCUACAAAGUUCUCAGGAAAAAUGCUGCAAACAUUUUGGACCUGACGGAACGGACAGGCCUCGAGGAAAUGAAGGACUUGGGCCAAUCUGGGAAACGGUUGUUUUUCCAUCCAGACUGGCAUCUGAAAUGUUGACACUACUACUGAGAGAAGUUUUGUACCUUGUGACUUUUUUACGAAAAUGGGAUGUCAGGAGGUAGCGUUUGAACUACUGACGGAUGGACGUGUGUUUGUAUAGAGAGAGAAAACUGUUUACUUUUUUCCUGUACCAUUUGUCAAAAUACUUUUCUGUGUCUUUUUUACUAUUGUCUUUUUAAUCCUUUUUUUAAUUUAUUGAACACACUUUAGUAUGUACGUGAAAUGUUUUUUUCUUUUUCUAAAGAGUUAUCUGAAAGCUCAAGAGCAAAAUCCUUUUUAUAUCUCAGACAAAGAGAACAGUCUUCCUUACUAGUAUUGGGCAAUAGAAGAAAUCUAACUAACUUAGACAAACAGUUCUUGGACAAACUCAUCAAAUCCUCAAAACAUGACAUCUCAUAAUAAGAUACCAUUUCAAUCCGAGCACAACAUAUAUGUUCCUCUAUGGAAAUCACGAUUCACGUUACAUGUUACAUUGUUGCUAGAUUGUUGCUUCGUGUGUCUGACCUCACUGUAGAUGAACGGUAGGCAGAUAGAUCACUAUAACAAAACAAAAAAUACAAUUAGACCCAUUUCUCCCCAUCUAAUCUGCUUCCCCUCAUUCUCCUUGAAGGACCCCCCCCCCCCCCCACUACCCUCAUGGCUCAAAUCCUGAUAAUACUCAGACUUCAAGUUAGAAGGAUAUUUCUAGCUCCAUCUCAAGGUAUCCUGCUAUUGUGUAUUAAUCCUAUUCGACCAAAUGAUUCCAGAACCCACCUGGUUCUGAUGCUGUAACAAAUCAAGGACCCGGCCAGAUGAUGAAAGGUGGCUAGGCGGCUGCCUGUGUAGAAGCCCAGUCACACCUUGGUUAGCUGUGUUAUUAUUCACAUUAUUAUUUUAUUUUUUUUACAAACUCCUGACUCUGUGAAUCUGACCCCUAAAACAAUCAGGUCAGCUAUUUCUUCCUCCACCAAAAAAGGGAAUAACUGAAGGAGGUGCUGCGUCUGCCCAUUGACGUCAAUCGAAACAUUCUUUUUUUCUCUCUCUUCCCUUCCCGCUAACUGUAUCACAUUUCCUGGACGGCCCGGGGAGUUUAUCAGGAUUUGAUCCGUUAGAUGUAAUCUUUAGAAUAGAUUUGGCACUUAAACUGUAGAGUUUGUGCUUAUUUUGAGAACAAUAGGAUGAUAACCCACAGAAGGGUAUCUAGAGAUUUACGUGACAGAGAUACCAAACCAAAAGGCCCCCGGACAGUGUAAUUCACUGUAUCUUUGGGUCAGCAUUAAAACCAUCCACGCCUGAAAAUCUGCUAGGUAGAUCUUCCCUUAUAGGUCUCCAUGACUGGUUUUCAGAUAUCACCAAUCCUCCCUCCAUUGUUCCCUUAGGUUUACUGACAUACUCAAAGGUACUUCAACUGCCUUAUUGACUAUACCCUCACUCCAGCAGACUUACAUGGCAAUCGUGUGUGUCAGUGAGUGUGUGUGCGUGAUUGUGCGUGUGCGAGUAUCAGAAAGUGUGUUUGUGAGAGUGAGUGUGUGCGCGUCCGUGUAGCCUUUGCCACCUGGCCUGACCGGACUCCACACUCCUAUUCCUGUUUGUCACUAGAGCUCAAGUUGGUCCUUUGCUGUUUAUAACAGUGUAUUUAUUACUUUCAGCUGUACAUAAGAAUACUGUUUCAGUCAGUGUAAAUCUAUUUAAAUGUAUAUGCACUUGCAUUACCUGGAAGUUGGUGGUGUCUAGCGCGUUCAAGGCUCUGCGUCGGAGUCUUUUUUUAGAUUCUUUAUUAUAAUAUUGUUUCCUUUUUUAUAUAUAUAUUAUAUCCUAAGUAAAUAUAUUCACACAAAUGUUUGAGUGCCCUGAGCAACAGCUAACGAGACAUAUACACAACCUGUAGGUUGACAACGCAUAGAGGAAAUGUUAAACGACAGAGACCUGGGAAGAGUUUAAAAAAUACAAGCCCGCUGUGGCUUUUAUACUGUAGCCUAUCACUUAGGCUCGGUAUCAAUAUCAGACAUACAAACCAAGACUCUCUGAGCAGCUUGUAGGAAGCUAGUAACCAGACUCCUCUGUAUACAACAUUUUGAAUGCAGAUGGCUGAUUUUGGGGUUCAGAUCUACUGGUUCAACGGCAGCAGACAGAAACAACAGGAAGACAGACGCACACAGAACCAAGUGUCUUCGUCUUCACACCUCGCACGUACUUACUUAUAUGUGAAGUCGUUCAAGGGGAUUAUUGGUGGCAUGCUACAAUAUCUCUGAGCACCCGCGUGAUGAAUCGUUACAAAAAUGUGAUCUUCUUGUAAUUGAGCGUGCUAAUGUGAACUAGUUUUAUCCGACCAAAACUUGUUAGCAGUUUUGAAAUUCAAAAUUUGUCAUCAGUAUAACAUUGUUAAUCCAUGUUCAAGCUUUUGGUCGUUUCCAAGUGACUAGCCAGACUUAGCACUAUCUGCAUGAGAGGUGGUUUUUAUAUGUCUGUUGAAUACCUACCUACUGCGUUGCAGUUGCAGGCGGACAUAUUAAAUGUUUCACACAAUGUAUGGUAUAAUAUUGUAUAUUGUGUUCAAGUAUCUGAAAAUCUGAAAUACUUUUUCUAAUAAAAAACAAAACAAAGCAUGA